CACAGAGAGGGGGAGGGCUCGCAUUGGCAACAACAACAACAACAACAAAAAACCUCAAUAAAAUCUAUAAAAGGCGAGUUGGGAGUGAAGUGCGGCGCAGCACGCGAACGGCACGGGUUGGGCGCAACGCCGGCGGAGUUUGCGCCCUUCCAAGGUCUGCAGAGCGGCGCGGAGUUGCUCCCUCCCCUCCCCGAUGCCCAACAUGUGCAGCACUGCCAGGAGCGUGGGAUCGCAACAACAGCAUGCGUGCCUGGAGUCCGCCUGCCUUUACGCCGCCGUUGCGCCGGGCGAGAGGGAAGCCAGCCCGGGCUCCGGGCAGCCUCAGUCCCUGUCCUCCACCAAGCACCGGCACCAGGUGAAGAGGCAGCGCUCUUGUUCCCCGGAGCUGCUGCGGUGCAAACGGCGCCUCAGCUUCAGCGGCUUCGGGUACACUUUACCGCCGCAGCAACCGGCCGCCGUGGCCCGGCGCAACGAGCGGGAGAGGAACCGAGUGAAGCUGGUCAACAUGGGCUUCGCCACCCUGCGGGAACACGUCCCCAACGGCAGCGCCAACAAGAAGAUGAGCAAGGUGGAAACGUUGCGCUCUGCCGUCGAGUACAUCCGAGCUCUGCAACAACUGCUGGAUGAACACGACGCGGUGAGCGCCGUCUUUCAGUCGGGACUGCUCUCGCCCGGACUCUCCGCUGAGAUGAACUCCAUGGCCGGCUCGCCCCUCUCCUCCUGCUCGUCCGACGACGCCUCCUGCGACCCGCUCAGCGCAGAGGAACAGGAGCUGCUGGACUUUACCACCUGGUUCUGAGCGGCCACCACCUGCCUCUCCUCCCUCCCGGCGCAGCAGGUCUGCGAGUGAAGUAGCUGGAGACACGGAGCCAGGAGCCAAGAGGACAAGACACGCUGCCUGCCUUCGCGACCCACUUCAGCCGACACCCCUGAAACCCACCAGCCGUCCGUGAAUGUAGUUCCACACAAUGGCAGACCACCAAGGCUGAGUCUCACUCCGGGAGCCGCGGUUAUGACAUUGGCCAUCUCUACCGCAAACUCUUAGGCCACACACACUCGGAGUGCGACGAUGUCAAGAAAUUAUACUUGGGCACUACCGGCCAAUUUGGACUAUCACCAUCUCUUGUUCAAACUUUCUAAGCAAAGAGAACUUUGAUAAACCUUCUAACGUGACAAGAGUACAAUUUUGUUCGUUUCUCUAAACAAAACGCAUUUUAGGCUUUAUCCAAACAAAGAGCCGCGCGUGUGUGUUUUAAUGAGACUAUUUUUCGAUAUAUAGAAUGUUUCCAGUCUUUGUCAGUUUUUGUGUUUUUUUAAAAGAAAAAUCUAUUUGUAUCUAUGCUAACAGUCCUGAAAUAUAUUAAGCUAUUUUUGUAUAUAAGAGAGAUGGAUUUAUAGAGUUUUGUACAUUUUUUAAAAGUGAAUAUGGCGAUAUAUAAAGCAACGUGUGAUGUACGCGCCAUGGCCUGUACACUCUUUCCUUUUAACUGCCUAGGCGUGAUUUGCAAAGUCACUGAUUCGGGUACCAGGCACACUGUAGCGCCAGUUAGUGUCUUAUGAUCGAAUUCACAUACUGCUGUGGAACUUGGCAAAUUCACUGCCCAACAAAGUUGACUUAGUUCCUGGUUGGUUUACAGCCAUAGUUCUUGCUUCUUUUUAUUCGUGACUUUUGUCUUAUAUAUUAUAUAUAUAUAAUGGCCUUUUGAAAACUGACCUUUUUUCUACAUACUAGUUUCAUAAUAAAACUUCUUGUGGAAAUAAACUG